GUGUACAAGGCAAACAAACUACAAACUACAACUACAAAAAUCCACAAAAAUGUUUGUGGACUACAAAAAUCUUUUACCAAUUUCAUUUUAUUCCGAGUUCAAGUUUCCAGUGCAAAAAGCAGUGCUGAAUGUGUAUCUUUUAUAUCCGGUGUUUGCUGAAAAGCAUGAGAGAGAAAGCGAGAAUAUCCAUACGUAAGUACGGAAGAGAGAGAGAAAGAGAGAGAGAGAGAGAGAGAGAGAGAGAGAGAGAGAUGAAAUCGAAGCGGUAUGAGAAAAAAACACGCACUGCUGUUUGUUUUGAUUAUAAAUCCAGGACGUGCAUCGGUAUGGUUACCCCAAAAAAGUUGAAUGUUUCAGGCCCUAAAAAACGCAAAACGCUCCAGAGUGUUCGGCGAAGUUCUCUGGCAGAAGAUGAUGAUAUCAUAGCAAACCUAGAUGAGUGCUCUUACGAACAGCAACCUGCCACCUUUAGCCGAGAAAGCAGUGUAAAUCGUUCACAGUCAACUUGUGAGCAGCAGGAUUUGAUCGAUUCGGAUGAUUCCUCUUCCGACGCUUACACUGACGAUAUGGAACUUAUUAUAGAAGAGGAGAAAAGUGCCUCACCUGAAGAUGCAAGCAUGCAGCAUUCAACGGACGAUUACAAAAGAGCACAUUUUAAUCAAAUGCACACUUCGGGAAGAACUUCGCUUUCUCCGAAUGAUGAUUGGCACCAGCCCGUAGUACUACAUCGCUAUUUCACACCCAUGGAAGAAGACAAAAGUGCCACGCCAGUAGGUGCAAGCAUGCAGCAUUCAUCGGACAGUUAUCGAAGAACUCCUUCUAAAGAGAUGCCAACUGUGAGAAGAUCUUCGCUUCCUCCCAAAGCUGAUUGGUACCAGGCUGAAUCACUAAAACUCAGCUCAGAAACCAGCAGCGGUAAUGGAUUUGUUAGCGUGAUGGUAAUCGUUGCAUGUGUGUUUUUAGCAAUAGCAUUUGUAGUACGAUACGCCCAAUCCGAUAUCAGCGGGAAUGUAACAAAUGUGCACACGCCAUUUGCAACUUGUGAUGCUUUUCUUAAACUAGAAGAGCGGUACAAAACGGUCGAUGAGAACCUCUGGGACAUGUUGGUUGUGAACGUGCGUCGAGCAACUGCUGUUGAUGAAAACAGGCAACCAGGAACAAUUCUUUUCCUCCACUACGGGCCCACGGUUAUUCUGGACGGUUUUAUCAACAGCGUAUCGAACAUAACGGCCGGUUGCUUUGGAGGAACGGAACCAAUCACGCUGGACGCUAAAUACUUCAAGCAGCCCGACUUCCAUGAAGACUAUGGUGUGAUUCUAUCUCAGCAAAAAGAAGCAUUACUACAGCGCGGAGUGAUGGUGGUACGAAAUUUUCAAGAUGUCCCAGCAUGGGCUGCUCAAGCAUUUCAUACGAUUUGCGACACGGAGGAACCGUUGGUGAAUAGAGCGGUUAUUUAUAUCACGUUGGAUAUGCUCAGAGCGGCCGAUGUGUCAAAACCACCGAGUGAGCAAAGUGCUACAGAAGAAGCAGAAAAAUUGCUGCAUCAAUUAUGGAAGAAUUCUUUAGGUCCCGCAGUACUUGAUCCACUGAUCACUCGACUGACGGAGAAUGUGUAUCGUAUUGUGUGAGCAUACGUAGUUAAAAUUAGUUUAAGUAUCGGCUAUGUUCCAAACGAAUUGCACGAUGGCUAGCUUUGGAUGGCUCUAGUCGUUCGUGAACGCGGGUUCGUACGCAGGAUUUAUUAUCCGACAGCGUGUGCAAUGCAUGUGAAGACCAUCCAUAAAUGAAUAGUACACAAUCGAAUUAUUAAUCAUGGUAAAGACAUUUAUUUCGAAUAUUUAAGGACUAAUAAAUUACUGAUUGGAAAAGGAAA